UAUUUUGGAGUAUCGACAGCUGUCUGCGACUGAACAAUUCUGCGACUUUAAUUUCAACUUCAUGAUGGACCAGCCCGCAGAUGUAGCUUGUCCGGUGGAGGAUGUUCAAGGAGACGGAAGAUGGAAGAGUUUGCAUAAACACUAUGUACACCUGACAGGAGAGAGGGAGCCAGAAGUCCUGUUUGUUGGAGAUUCACUCAUCCAGCACCUUGGUCAGUCGGAGGUUUGGAAGAUGUUCGAGCGCUACCAUUGCCUCAACUUUGGGGUCGGAGGCGACCAGACGCAGCACGUUCUAUGGCGGCUUGAGAAUGGAGAACUGCAGAAUAUACAACCAAAGGCUAUAGUACUUCUGGUAGGGACCAAUAACCAUGGCCACACGGCAGAAGAGGUCACUAAAGGAAUUGAGGCAAUUGUAAAACUCAUAGUAGACAAACAACCACAGGCUCACAUCAUUGUAAUGGCAAUUCCUCCUAGGGGUCACAGGCACAACAAACUCCGCGAUAAGAACUCCGCCAUCAACGCUGCCCUCGCGACAUCUCUACCAAAACUCGGCAAGGCCGAGCUUCUUGAGUCAGCAAAAAGCCUCCUGUCGUCUGAAGGCCUCAUUUUCACCUCUGAUAUGUUUGACUUUCUACACUUCACCAACCAGGGUUACAAGAAACUGUGUGAACCACUCCAAGACAGACUAGAAGAGAUCCUUUCUGAGUGAACAGUGGUGUGUUGAAUUCUUGAGUAAAAAUCCCAGCGCACACUAUGCGAUGCGAUCGCACGAAUAUCCGAUUGCAGCAAUUUGCCAAUCGCAUCUCGUGCGAUCACAUCGAAGGCCAUUGUGCAUGUUGCGACAGUACUGCAACGUGCAGCAUAUCCUUUUUACCCCCAUGUUGUCUGUGCUGCAACUGCUCAGCUAAUUGGUUGUGACGUCAUCAUCGAGGACAAAUCUGAUUGGCUGAAUAAUCAAAAUUGCAGGAAGAUUUGACAUGUCAAGUGUCUCAGCUUGGUCUGCUAUUCUUCUGCAACAAAACGGAUCGCUGUUACGCGCAUUAUGUUGCAAUU